CGGGGUCCCCCCACAGCUCCAGGCUCUUCGGUCCACCUCUUCCUCGUUCUGGGCUCUGGGAACAGGGACAACUGGAGUGGCAGAGCAGAACUCAGCAUAGACAGCUGAAAGGGUCGCACGUGAAGCACGUGGAAGCGGUCCCCAAACGGGGACCAGAGUAGCAUCUCAGUUCUGUUCCCAAAGAACGACCGGGGCGUCCUGGGGUGGGGGUUGGCGUGCGGCCGGAGAAGUGGGAGGGGACAGGUUGAGGGGUGGUCUCCGAGGAGGAGCCAGGCUGGACUGUAUUGUUCCGCGCUCCGCUUCUCGGGUUCUUCAGCCGGCUUCAGACCCUGAGGGUGCACCACGAGGCAGAGGUGGACCCCCUGCACCCCAAGACGGUUCAGAGGAGGGGAGGACUCACCUGGAGCUCAGCAUCCGAGCUGCAGGAGCGGAGGAUACCAGUGGAGAGUCAGAGUCCCUGUUCCCCGCCACACCACGAGCCUGUGCAGCAGUGGGGCGCCAGGACCCUCCCCCCAACGAUGGCCGCAGUCCGUCUGGGCCCUGCCAGGACCACAAGCGGACGCUGGAGCAUUGCUCUCUAGCCGGCAACAGGGCCUCUUUACCCCCACCCUGAGAUGGGGAGCAGCGGGUCGGCUUUGAGGGUCUGUGCAGACCACCGCGGAGGCAUCAAUUGGCUGAGUCUGAGCCCCGACGGGCAGCGCCUGCUGACGGGCAGCGAGGACGGCACGGCCCGGCUCUGGAGCACCGUGGACGGCCAGUGCUGCGCGCUCCUGCAAGGUCAUGAGAGCUAUGUGACCUUCUGCCAGCUGGAGGAUGAAGCUGCCUUCACCUGUAGUGCUGACUGCACCAUCCGGAGGUGGGAUGUGAGGACCGGGCAGUGUCUGCAGGUGUACCGAGGGCACACGUCCAUCGUGAACAGGAUCCUAGUUGCAAAUGACCAGCUCUUCAGCAGUUCCUAUGACCGGACAGCACGUGCAUGGACUGUGGACAAAGGGCAAGUGUCCAAGGAGUUCCGGGGCCACCGCAACUGUGUGCUAACGCUGGCCUACUCUGCCCCCAAGGACCUGCCCAGUGACCCCUGCUUGGAGGCCGCCAUGGGUGGCGGGCUCCUAGUGACUGGCAGCACGGAUGAUACAGCCAAGGUGUGGCAGGUGGCCAGUGGCUGCUGCCACCAGACACUUCGGGGCCACACAGGUGCAGUGCUGUGCUUGGUGCUGGAUGUUUCCAGCCACACAGCCUUCACAGGCAGCACUGAUGCCACCGUCCGUGCUUGGGACAUCCUGAGUGGGGAGCAGCUGCGGGUUUUCCGGGAGCACCAGGGCUCGGUCAUCUGCCUGGAGCUCACGGACCGGCUCCUGUACACGGGCAGUGCAGACAGGACUGUCAAGUGCUGGCUGGUUGACACUGGGGAGAGAGUGCGCACGUUCCCGGCACACAGGCACAGUGUGAGCGCCCUCAAGUACCACGCAGGCACCUUGUUCACUGGCAGUGGGGAUGCCUGCGCCCGGGCCUUUGAUGCCCAGUCGGGAGUGCUGCAGAGGGUGUUCCGGGGCCACACCUUUGUCAUCAACUGCCUCCAGGUACACGGUCAGGUGCUCUACACUGCAUCUCAUGAUGGUGCUCUGCGCCUCUGGGAUGUACGUGGCCUGCAGUCGGUGCCACCGUUGCCACGCAGGCCAGCAGCCAAGCGCAGCCUCUCACGCCUUUUUAGCAACAAAGUGGCCUGUGCAGCGCCGGUGUCCCUGCAGCCAGCCUGAGCCUGGAGAGGGCUGAAACCUGUGUCCUGGCUUGUCUCUAUUCUUGGUUUUCCCGAGCACUGUGAUGCGGUGGCCUUUCCUGUUGUGAAAGGUGCCUUUCCCCAUGCUCUGAACCAACGCUUUGCCACCCGGACUCUUCUGGCCAAGGCAGGGACUUCAGCUGGCCUGCCUCCAGUUCUGACAGCUGAAGCCUGUGCUGCCUGGACUUCCCUGCUGAGGAAAUGGGGCUUCUUACAAAAGUCAUGUCAUAUUGGCAAGUUGUGUGCCACAAGGCCCCUCCUGAAGAACUCAAAUACA